AUGAGGAUAAUCUGUUUUCUGAUUCGGAAGAAUCUGAAGACUCUCAAGGUUUUGGACUCUGGGAAUAACUUCGAUCCUCUGCGUAAUUGCAACACACAACUGGAGGAAAGUCUCAAUCUGAUAGGUGAAGAUAGUUCUUCAGAUUUUGAUGAAGACGGCUUGAAGUUGUUGGAAGUGGAAUUGUUGAAUACGGACAACAAAGAUAACGUUUUUGAUUUGCCACAGUUUGUAUCUGCAUCAUAUACUCCGAAGGGAGACCUGGAAAUGUCUAUGAUUUGCCACUCUUCUCCACAGUCUGAUUUCUGUCCUUUACAUUUUGAUGAAGCUCUAGAAAUGGUGGAAGAGACGCACAUAAAAUCAUGUAGGGUUGAAGAAUGCUUUGUGGAAACAGGAACUGAUUCCACCUUUGAUGAAAGUACUGCACAAGAUGUUCUUGCCAGUAAAUAUGAUCAUCUAAGUUUUCAAAGUGAAUUAAUUUUAUGUAAAAAUCUUAUCAAGGUUAUACCCCAUAUACCCAAACAUAUAGCUUUUGGUUGUUAUGAUGGUCUUCAAUGCUUAAUUGGUUUUGCAAGAAAGGAUAUUGAGAACAUCUUUGGUGAAACCGCAAAGAGAUUUAAGGUGAUCCAAGGCCGUAGAUCUUCAAAAUUAUGCAAGGUGGAGGCUGAUCAUAACUACCAUUCUUCACAUGGAGUCAUUAAAUCCUGUGUUUAUAUUGAUGACAUAACUAGAGGUGAAGAAAGAAUGAAAGUUUCCUUGGAGGAUGGAAGAAAUGCUGAAGAUCUGCCAAUCUAUUUUUACAUCCCCAAUAAUUUAGUUUAUAAGAACGCCUAUGUGAAAUUUUCACUUGCUCGUAUAUCGCAUGAGGGUUGCUGUUCACAUUGUUUUGGGGAUUGUUUGACAUCACCAGUACCUUGCGUCUGUGCGGCUGAAACUGGGGGUCUCUUUGCAUACUCUCCGGGAGGAUUGGUCAAGGUGAAGUUUCUGGAAGAAUGUAUAUCCUUGAAGCGGGAACCUACACAAGACCGCUACUUGUGUAACAAGAAAUGUGGAAACCGAAUUGUUCAGCAAGGCAUCAUUGUGAAGUUGCAG